UUGAAAAAAAUGAUCCUAAAGAACUUGAUUGGUAUUCGAGAAAAACUGAGAAGGGUAAUUCCGAUGGAUGGUUGACCCAAGACAACCCAAAAGAACCUGCCUACGCCAAAGAAGAGACACCAAAUAUUGGUAUUGAAGUUGAAAAGGACAACUCGAACAAACAAACCAGUGACAGAUCCUGCCAUGAAAAGGAAAGCAGAGCUGAAAAGAAUAUGGAUUAUCAAAGGCCAGCAGAUAUAGAACUUGCAGUUGAGGAGUCUGAAUCUGAUUUUUAUCAGGAACUUGAAGAUACGGAAGAUAAAAAGAAAAUUAUUAAUGAUGGUGUUUAUGAUAACAAGAAUACAAUAUUUGAUUAUGAUAAAACCAAGAUCAAGAAAAAUGGAAUUGAAGUUGAAAAGGAUAAAUGUAAAGCCCUUCGACACUCACCAAAGUGUAGACUAUGCAUCUUCGAUUCUGAUGAAGAAGCACCAGUG